ACCCGCCACCUAGUCCCUCCGUCUGCCACCUGUUGUCGCUCAUUUCCGCCGCCCGCCGACGUUGCCGUUUCGUCGCGAUUCAAUCCCAUAUCCGCACAACCCACGAUCACACACUGAUGGAAACCCUCUUGGCAUUUUCCGCAGUUCCUCCGUCUCACCCGGCGAGAUUCCCUCCGGCGAAGCUGCUCGCCGGAAGGAAGUGUCCGGCGUUCGGAGCGAGAGCAUUCUCCGCCGCCCAAAGCACCGAGCCGGAGAUUAGCGACGCUGUCAGACCGGUUUACUACCCCACCCCUCCCAAUCGCCCUUCUCGAACUCCUCACAGUGGAUACCAUUUUGAUGGGACUCGAAGACAGUUUUUCGAGGGAUGGUUCUUUAAGGUUUUGAUUCCGGAAUGUAGACAGAGUUUCUGCUUUAUUUACUCUCUUGAGAAUCCUGCAUUCUCUAAGCCAUUGAGCGGACUUGAAGAGCUGCAGUAUGGACAGCGUUUUACCGGAUCUGGAGCUCAGAUUCUUGGUGCUGAUGAUAAGUAUAUUUGCCAGUAUACUCCAGAAUCUAAGAACUUCUGGGCCGAUGGGCAUGAGUUGGUUCUUGGAAACACUUUUGUUGCCCAAACAGCUGCCAAGCCACCAACUAAGGAGGUUCAUCCUCAGGAAUUCAAUCGCCGUGUUUUAGAAGGGUUUCAAGUUACACCAGUAUGGCAUCAGGGAUCCAUUCGUGAUGAUGGAAGGACAGAUUAUGCAGAAACAGUAAACACUGCACGUUGGGAGUAUAGCACUCGCCCUGUUUAUGGAUGGGGAAAUUUGGGGUCAAAGCAAAAGUCAACGGCAGGUUGGCUUGCUGCAUUCCCAGUGUUUGAACCUCACUGGCAAGUUUGCAUGGCCGCUGGACUUUCAACAGGUUGGAUAGAAUGGGGUGGUCAGAGAUUUGAGUUCCAAAAUGCCCCAUCAUAUUCCGAGAAGAACUGGGGAGAUAGCUUCCCUAAAAAGUGGUUCUGGGUCCAAUGCAAUGCCUUCAAAGGUGCUGAUGGAGAAGUCACUUUGACGUCCGGUGGUGGACUAAGGAAAAUUCCCGGACCUGGAUCAACUGGCACCUAUGAAAAUGCUGCAUUGAUAGCAGUUCACUAUGGAGGCGUCUUCUAUGAAUUUGUGCCGUGGAAUGGUUCUAUAACUUGGGAAAUUUCUCCCUGGGGUCACUGGUACAUAACUGCAGAGAAUGAGACACACAAGGUGGAAGUGGAAGGAAGAACAAGUGACCCAGGCACGCCGUUGCGUGCCCCUACUCUAGAGAUGGGUCUUGCCCCCGUAUGUCGAGACUCUUGUCGUGCAGACCUACGACUCCAAUUGUGGGAACGUGGGCCCGCUGGCGCUAAAGGAAAGAGCAUCUUGGAGGUGACGAGCGACAUGGGAGGGGUAGAAGUAGGGGGAGGGCCGUGGUUCAACACAUGGAAAGGUAAAACAGACACGCCGGAAAUUCUCAAGCGCGCCAUUAAUACACCGGUCGACAUUGAAUGCUUGUUUGGCCUGCUUCCUCUCUUCAAACCGCCUGGCUUGUGACUUUGUGAUUUUAAACAAAUCAUCUUCCUCUACAACAACUCAUCUUGUAAUUUGCCCUUCUUCUUCUUCUUCUUCUUCUUCUUCUUCUUCUUCUUGAUGGAGUACACAUACUUUGGUUGAAAUCUUUGAAAUAAAAAAAUAAAAUGUACAUCCCCUUUAGGGAGUUGCAUACGCAUUGUUGAUAUGACUGUUUGGUUCAAUAAAAUCUUCAAAAGAAUUGAAAAUAGGAUGUAACAUAAGCAUUAUCUAUGUGAUUGAGUGGUUAAAUAAUGAGUUCUCUUAGGU